AUGCUUCUCGGAAUGCUUCUUGGCUUGUGUCUAAGUGGCCUUGUGUGGGCAAACGACUGGAAUGGCUUUUCUAUUAGUCCGUCCCUAUGUAUGCUGUGGCAUGCAGUUGCAUCUAUAACUGAAUACGGGCUGUUUCAAUUUUCUAUUUGUUAUGGGAUUGCGAUAUUCUGCCUGGGCUGCAGCUUCUAUGACAUAUAUAGCAACUCGGUAGCAGCUCGUCAACUAAAGAACGAGCUUGAAUUUUGUGCUGGUUAUUGCAUAUUUGUUUGGACUACCAUCAGAAACCCAGCUUGGGUACUUCUUGGUGCAGAGCUUCUACUUACUCUUUUGUUCCCACGUUUCCUGACAGCCCACAGAAUUCGCAGUUACAUAGUAUGCAUGUUUGCGUCCUGCAUCUUUGUCUGGAAACGAUACGACGCAAUGAACACCAAUUUCAUGAUGGCUUUAAGCCUUACAUACAGCUGCUCUAUUCUAUGGCUUACUGCGCGAGCUGUAUCAUUCAAAGUAGACUAA